AUGCUCGUCGCACGACAGUGGACGAUCGCUCCCCGCCGUCGCAGCCAUGGUCGUCGCGAGGGCCAUUCCGACACCAUGCCGCGCUCCCCGUCAUCGCCUAGAAACCACUCGUUAGUCGCGCGCUCGCGCUCCAACUUGUCGCACGGAGUCGCGCACUUCAGCAAGUCGCAGCGAUUCAGCCUGCGAGCAGCCAGCGUCGCCGUCGCGCUCCUCGCGCUGCUUGCGCUCGCCUCGCCCCGGCCCUGCGCAGCGCGACGACCGCUCGGCUUUAAAUCGCAUCAACCGCCGAUCGGCGUGGAGAAGAAAGGGGGCGGGAACAAGGGUGGGGGGAAGGGCGGGGGAAAAGGUGGGGGGAAUAAGGGUGGGGGGAACAACGGGGGUGGAAACAACGGCGGAGGGAACAACGGCGGGGGGAACAACGGUGGAGGGAACAACGGCGGGGGGAACAAUGGGGGCGGAGGCAAGGGUGGGGGGGAUAAAGGCGGCCCUGUGAAAGGCAUCGGGCUGCAACCCUUGUCGUGUUACUUCGCCACCAAGGCGUGCGACUUUGUGUUCAACCGCUCGGCGUCACUGGCGCCCAUACUGCCGCUCGUCGCCAUGCGCCCCGACCAGCCCAUCUCCUCCGCCAUCCUCCACAAGGCGGGCAGUCGCCCCGUGGUGUCGGCGUCCCUGCAGGCCUGCCGCGCCCUCAACACCCUUGCUCUGCGCCUGCCGUCGUGUCCGGCCUUCACCUUCGUCUCCCCCUCUGCCUCCAGCAAUGGCGUGCGCAUCGCCGGCAAGGCCCUCUCGCUGCUGCAGCUCGCUCAAUACAGUGGGGCGUGCUUCACACUCGACUUCGCCCAGAUGAUGUGCCCUCUCCACUGCCCCCUCCCCUCCACUGCCCCCUCCCCUCCACUGCCCCCUCCCCUCCACUGCCCCCUCCCCUCCACUGCCCCCUCCCCUCCACUGCCCCCUCCCCUCCACUGCCCCCUCCCCUCCACUGCCCCCUCCCCUCCACUGCCCCCUCCCCUCCACUGCCCCCUCCCCUCCACUGCCCCCUCCCCUCCACUGCCCCCUCCCCUCAGCUGCCCCUCCCCUCCGCUGCCCCCUCCCCUCCACUGCCCCCUCCCCUCAGCUGCCCCCUCCCCUCCGCUGCCCCCUCCCCUCCACUGCCCCCUCCCCUCAGCUGCCCCCUCCCCUCCACUGCCCCCUCCCCUCCACUGCCCCCUCCCCUCCACUGCCCCCUCCCCUCCACUGCCCCCUCCCCUCCACUGCCCCCUCCCCUCCACUGCCCCCUCCCCUCCACUGCCCCCUCCCCUCCACUGCCCCCUCCCCUCCACUGCCCCCUCCCCUCCACUGCCCCCUCCCCUCAGCUGCCCCCUCCCCUCCGCUGCCCCCUCCCCUCCACUGCCCCCUCCCCUCAGCUGCCCCCUCCCCUCCGCUGCCCCCUCCCCUCCACUGCUCCCUCCCCUCCACUGCCCCCUCCCCUCAGCUGCCCCCUCCCCUCCACUGCCCCCUCCCCUCCACUGCCCCCUCCCCUCCACUGCCCCCUCCCCUCCACUGCCCCCUCCCCUCCACUGCCCCCUCCCCUCCACUGCCCCCUCCCCUCAGCUGCCCCCCCCCUCCCCUCCGCUGCCCCCUCCCCUCCGCUGCCCCCUCCCCUCAGCUGCCCCCUCCCCUCCGCUGCCCCCUCCCCUCCACUGCCCCCUCCCCUCAGCUGCCCCCUCCCCUCCGCUGCCCCCUCCCCUCCACUGCUCCCUCCCCUCCACUGCCCCAUCUGCUGCCCCAUCUGCUGCCCCAUCUGCUGCCCCAUCUGCUGCCCCAUCUGCUGUCCCCUCCGCUGCCUCCUCCGCUGCCUCCUCCACUGUCCCCCACCGCAUCUCCCUUACUACUACCACCACGUGA